AGGACUUCUCGGGGCCGGGGCCGGGCCGCCCUUCGCGCCCGCCGUGCAAGCGGGGCCACCGCCCAUGGAGGCCGCCGGUGGCGACGCUGGUGCGGAGGCCGAUGGACAGGCGCUCACGCUGCACUGGACGCUUGGCAUCAACAAGGAUGUCGUUGGCGGGGUUCACAACCUUUCGGAUGCAGAGUCCACGGACAUGUUCUACGCAGCUGCCCACACAGGUGUCAUAUUCGACUACACCACUGGCGUGCAGCGCUUGCUGCAGGGGCAUGUGAACCCCAUCACAGCAACGGGGGUGUCCAAGGACAAAAAGUGGAUCGUCACUGCAGACACAGGCCCCGACAGCAUGCUCGUGGUCUGGGAACGCGAGACGGGAACCCCGGUGAAGACGUUCUUCAACCCGCAUCCGUACGGGGUGCACGCGCUCGACAUCGCACCCAAGUCCCAGCACAUCGCCACCCUUUCUGCGCCGGUGCCUAUGGGGGACGCUGGCGCGACGAUGGUCGGAGCCCCUGGCCAGGCGGGGGAGACCGGGAGGCUGCAUAUGGCCAAUGCCGAGCAGGAGGCGCAGAGCAUCAGUGUCUGGGACUGGCCGGGCGACUCCGACGGCCCCGUCUGCACCGCCUCCGUGGGCACGACAGACGUGCAGACCUGCGUGUUGUUCAACGAGUGGGACCCGCAGGAAAUCGGCACCAACGGCAAGCGCCGGGUGUUCUUCUGGAGCUGGGACGCAGGGGUACCCUUCCAGUUCUACUCGCCCGCCCUCGCGCCCCGCGACUUCAAGCAACGCAUCGGGGACUACACCCAGACCAUCUUCCUUCCGAGCUCGACCCAGGCGGCCACAGGGACGGUCGACGGCGACGUGGUCAUUUGGGACCUUUCGCUGAUCGUCGACGGCUUGACAAGACCAGAUGAGAGGCGGGCUGUGAAGAUAAUCAAGCUCUGCCCGGACGUCUCUCUCAACGUGCUGCAGGUGCACGAGAGGGCGCGAGUGGUGAUCGGCGCUUCCGACGGCGCGGUGCGCUUCUACGAUUACCAGUUCCGCGUGCAGGCCUGGUUCGAAGAUCUAUCCGCGGGCGCGGUGAAGUCUAUCUCCUUCGAGAGGUCCGGUGAUGACGACCCAGACGAGCCAGCCGAUCAGGAGGACUUCAAGUGUCCAAAGUUCCUUGUGAGCACUGGUUCUGCGUUGGUCGUGCUCGCGGAGUCUAAGCUCUUCUACGAGCUCUCGCCGGAGAGGGGGGCGGUGGGUGAGUGGGUGGGGUUGGGAGAAGGAUUUGCGCGCAAAUGCCAGCCGGGGAGGGGGGGUACGCGGGUUGGGUCGGUAGGUGGGUUGCAGGCAGCUUUGCGCGCAGAUGCCGAGCAGGAGAGAUGGCGAGGGUGGGGCGGGGCAGAUGGCUCUGCGCGCGAAGGUUGGAUGGGCGUCACAGACAGUUUUGUGUGCUGA